AUGGUCACAGUUCCUCUAUUUCCCGACUCGCCUGCGCCCGCCACGGGACUUGUGUUGGCAGAUGCCGUUCAGGAUGACGCGUUCGCGCCCUCCGGCUGUGAAAUCGGCUGUGGGAUUUGGUGCCUGAGCUCCGCCACCAGUGAGACUGAGGCCCGUGGAAGACUUCUCGAGGAGAUCCGCCGCGGCCCGGAAGCCGCCUACAUCGCCCUGCGGGAUGCCCCGCCGGAGCUCCAAGGCGACAAGGCGGUCGUCCUGGCGGCAGUCAAGGAGAACGCCUUGGCCCUCGAGUUUGCGUCCGAGGUGGUGAAGGAAGACAAGGACUUUGUCCUGGCGGCGGUGAAGGAGAACGGCGCAGUCCUCAAGUUUGCGUGCCUUCGAGCAUGGCGGUCCACCAGUGCCUGCAGAGGCUCCGGGCAGGGGAGUCGCGAAGCUUAUGAGUCGGCCGAAGAGGAGGCCCGCCAAAGGCUCCUCGAAAGGAUCGGCCGCGGCCCGCUCGACGCUUGCAUCGCCCUGCAGUAUGCCCCGCCGGAGAUCCAAGGCGACAAGGAGGUCGUCCUGGCGGCGGCGAAAGAGACGUUCAGGGCGCUACAAUUUGCGUCCGAGGCGCUGAACAACGACAAGGACUUUGUCCUGGCAGUUGUGAAGGAGAACGCCUUGGCCCUCGCGUUCGCAUCCACGGCACUGAGAGGGGACAAGGAUGUCGUCCUAGCGGCGGUGACACAAAGCGGCGCAACUGUCAAGUUCGCGUCUGCGGAGCUGAAAAAGGACAAGGACUUCGUCCUCGCGUUGGUGAAGGAAAACGGCUUGGCACUCAAGUACGUUGCCGACGAGCGGAAAGAGGACAGGGAGGUCGUUCUGGCGGCGGUGAAGAAGCACGGCUCGGCUCUCAAAUAUGUUACCGGCGCGCUGAAAGAGGACAGGGAGGUCGUCCUGGCGGCCGUGAAGAAGACCGGCUUGGCCCUCAAGUAUGCUGCCGACGCACUGAAAGUGGACAAGGAGGUCGUGCUGGCGGCGGUGAAAGAGAUGGGCCGGGCCCUCAAGUACGCUGCCGACGCACUGAGAGAAAACAGGGAGGUCGUCCUGGCGGCGGUGCAGAAGAACGGCUCGGCCCUCGAGUAUGCUACCGACGCUCUGAAAGAGGACAGGGAGGUCGUGCUGGCGGCGGUGCAGGAGGAUGGCACGGCACUCGAGUAUGCGUGCAAAGAGGUUCGGGCGUCCCGUAGCUUUGUGCUUGAAGCGGUGCAGGCCACGCGGGCCUGGUGGCUGGUGAAAUUCGCGGCCGACGAGCUUGGAGCUGACACGGCCCUUAUCGAGCGGUACAAGGCGGCUGCUGGCACUGGACUCAUCUUUAGUUUUUACGACAGCUACAGCUGCUUCGCUAGAAUGCGUGACCGCUUCCCGACGGCCGGCGCUUCGGUGCCCGGUGGCACGGCCUAUGAACACGUGAUGGACAUGCUCAGGAGUGACGACCACGGAAGCACAGCGACCGUGUGGUUUGACCAAGAGCCUGUCUUCGGUCACUGCGCCGACGAUGGAAAGUGGAGCCACCCCAGCACCGACUGUGGCCGGGACAUGGUGCCCGUGCCGCUAAUGGAGGGCCGUGACGCCAAAUGGCGGUCGACGGUGGACUCCAGAAGCGCCUCCCUCGAGCCAGAAGUUGGCAAGAAGUACGCGUGCUGGUGCUGCCACUGGCUCAGAGAGGUGCGCAAGCACCAUCAGGCAGGCGAAGUGAUCUGCUGUGCCGUGUCGAACAUUUACGACACAGAUUGGGCGGAGACAUAUGGGGCGGGGUCUUCCGAGCUUGCAGAUGCAGAUGCAGAAGAGCACGGGCUUCAAAAGGAAGUCUUCAAGAACGGGAAGCCGAUCAGCUGGGGCACAGGCACAAUUCGCAUCUCCAAUGGCGACUCCCACCAGCGCCGAGCGCCCAUUCACCCCCGGACGGCCAAGCCGUUGGGGGUGGGAUGCCGGUGGGAGCGACAGGCUCUGGAUGGCAUGGAGUUCCCCGUGUACGCAUUUUUCAUGCCCUGA